AUGACUGCUUCUAAUUUCAUAAAGGAUACAAGACCUCGACUCCCUUCGUCUUUUCGGAAGACUAAACUUCCCACUCGAAAACGUACCUCAGUACAUCCUCGUCAUCUCACUUCUAAACAUAGAUUUUCGUCCACAAAAUCCAACGAACACCUGCCUACAGCUUACACAGGACGACAGCGUCAUCACGGAGAAGAUUGCGUUCCCUCAACAUACAUCUUCAUUGGUAGAUCGAGAAAUCCUCCAUUCGUGUUCUCUUCUUCUGGACCACUUACUUUGACUAAUAUGAUAUGGCUGAAAACGGGUCAAGUGGAUGAAGAAUACUACCUGAUGGAGAAUGAUAUGGCAAGACACAGUAGACCCGAAGGAAGAAUCUGGGAGGUUGCAUGGAGACAGUACAAGAGAAAGGUCCACUUAGGAAGGGAAGAAGGGGAGGGGAAAAGGUUUGUGGAUCUCUCGUCAGCUGAUUAA